AUGGCUAAAGGGAAGAAGAAGAGCGUGGCCAAAGGCAAAAAGAAGAACGCCCAAAAAAGCGCCCACCCAAUUUCUGACAGAGCAAACACCUCCGACGAUGCAUCUGGCUCGGAAUCUCCGAAGGGCGAGUCGUCUGCCGAUGCAGAACAUAGGGCUCAACAAAAGCAACGCCAGAACAAGCGAAGCCCAACCCACAAAGAUGACUUUGCGCCAGGAGAGUUGAGCGAUGGCUAUCAAUCAAAUGAUGAAACAGACCCUGACUUGGAAAAUGCAUCAGAGCAAGAUGCUCCGAUGGAACACCAGCCAGACCCAGUGGGCCGCUGGGUCAAGAAUAUUAUCAAAAGCGAAACGGACAAAGCGUAUAAUAUGAUGGGAGAUUUUUUCACAUCCUCCGAGCCUCAAUAUGAUCAGUGUGAGGCAUUUUUCGAGAGAUUGAAUCAACAGAUUCGUGCCGCCAAUGACAAGCAUGACGUGAAUGACAUUGACAUUGGGACUAUGCCCCAGCGCGGUUAUGUUGACCUGUGCCGGACUUGGGGAGAAGAACACUUGAAGGCAAAGGAGAGAGGCUCCCCUGAAGAUGCUUGGAAUGCUUUUCAUAAUACACAGUAUCUUUUAAAACACUUCAACAGACGCCAUAAUCUCCCUAAGACGUGGAAUAUUAGUUCAGUCUGGGCUGAGAGAGAGAUUGGCACUCCGGACCCAAAAGUCGACAUGGAUACAGAUGAAACCAGCAUAGUCAGCAACGAGCCUGGUCAUUCUGGUCAAGUUGGUGCGGAUAAUAGAUCAGACAUAUCUUCAGAUCUCGAUGAUAAUGAAAAUCAACCGACAGGGCUGGAUGCUUUAGAAGCCAGGGCAAUGAAAGAGCAGCGCCGUUUGUCGUCGGCCAAAGUAUUGCACUGGUGGCCUAAGGGAACUGACUCCCAGACAUUCGUUCGUUAUGGCGAUCGUGGAACACCAAUAUUUCGCAUCCGGGCUGGUUCAUAUAAAAGCUACAACCCCAGUCGUGUGGAGCGAAUUUUGACGAGCAAGACUCGCGGCACAGCUAAAGUGACAGGGAAAAGGAACGACCUUCCGGAUGAGUGGUGGAAGUAUGAGAGAAAGCAUGUUGAUGAUUUUGUCGGGGUCGGUUGGAAGGUUGAAGAGGAUGAUGAGAGUAGCACGGAUGCUUUGAGCUUGAUAAAACCCGAAAAGGGUGCGCUUUAUCCACAGACUCGAACUCUGGCGAAGUGGAAAGAUGGUGUUUUCACUUUGGAAGGAAGAGCUUUCAUCCGUCGCAUUACUAAAGGCCCUGCCUUGGAAGGCGAUAGGGUGCUAUACCAGAAGGCCCAUGAAAUGGAAUCUGCGUAUCGCGCAAAACAUGGGCUGGAUGAAGCUGAGAAUGAUACGAGCGACGAUGGCUCCGUCGAGGGUAGCUGCUAUAUAAUAAUCCCGCUUAAACUGUCUAGUGAUGGGCGUCUUCUUAAACAAUGA